AUGGCCUCCUCCAGUAGCCACCCCAGGAGCCUCGUAGUGUCCACAACUAAAGAUCAAACCCCCCGGUGCUUCCCUAGAACCAAGCCCCCCUCCAAAACCGACGAGCUCCCAAUCAACCCCCUGGAGGACAUGCUUGGAUCAUUUGGAAUUCCCAACUCGUGCGAAGCAUUCUCGAGCCGCAUAGCCCUCCACGACGCGGAAUGCAUGAUCCUCGAGCUCGCGGCCAAGGUCAAAGAGGAAGAGUCGAGGCACAAGAGAAUCCUCGAGCGCAUCGCCUCCUACGAGACGGCCAUGGAGGUCCUCACGUUCUACAUGAUCUGGAACAACCUGUCCGACAGCAGCGAGUUGCACACGCGCAGGUUCAAGAGCAUGGCCAAGAAGCUCAGCAAAGCCCUCAACGACGAGCCCGUGGCGCUGCUCCACGCCUGGGACGUCCUCUUCGACGCCGGGGCUAGUGGCCCCGCUGUCGUCCUGCCACUGCCUGGAUACUCCCGCUCCCAGGUGUAUGGCGAGCUCACCUUGGCAUUGGCCGAGUACUUUAAGCACCUCUGGUCGGAGGUUGCCAAGAAGGUGGCUGGCCGCUGGGGGACUCCCAAGGGUAGGCAGUCCACUCGCAGCAAGAAGCAUGGCAAGUCGACCGGCCCCAAAGAAGGCGACAAUGUCUGCGCCGAUGUCAGCUGCUUCGAGACGUUCCAGGUAUUCUUCUACCGCGAGCGUGGCUGCUCCGGCAACAUGCACGGCACAAAGGCCACGCCCGCGCAAGGCAGGGACCUGUUUGACGAAUGGGUCCGGAUCCGCAACGUCCUCUUGUACCAGCAGAGACCGGCUGCCGAAAGGGCGGCGGCGCUCUAUCGUGAGGCGCUUUACCUGCUGGAGACGCGCGGGCCGGCUGCUGUUGAGGAGCUGGAGGAGACCAAGGAGAUGCCCGACGUUCUGGCCGUGCUGAAGCAGAGCAGGAACUCUGUCGGGGCUUUUGGAGCCAGUCUGAGUGAUGCUAUCUGA